UUCCUGGAAUCUCAGCACUGUGAGACCCUGUCUUAGAAUAAAAAAUAAGAAGCUGGGCUUACACAGUAUGGCCGGUGACAUUAGCUAGCGCUCGCUCUACUCUCUCUAAUGGGAAAGCAGCAGACUACAAGAGACUGAACUAUAUCUGCAUCUAUUUCCAAACAGACUCACAUUCAACUUUCGUUCAAAGAAAAAAGCCGGGAAAAUUUUAUUAGUCCUUUUUUUAAAAAAAGUUAAUACAGAAUUAUAGCAAAAAAAGGAACCUGAACUUCAUAGCAACACAGCUGGAACAAUCUGCAGUGGCAGUGGCAGCGGCGGGAGAAGAGAUUUAAUUUAGUUGAUUUUCUAUGAUUGUUGGUUGUUCACUAGUCUCACGGUGAUGGAAGCUGCAUAUUUUUUCGAAGGGACCAAGAAGCUGCUGGAGGUUUGGUUCUCCUGUCAGCAACCCGACGCCAGCCAGGGAUCUGGGGAUCUUCGCACUAUCCCGAGAUCUGAGUGGCAUGUACUUUUGAAGGAUGUGCAAUGUUCUAUCAUAAGUGUGACAAAAACCUGACAAGCAAGAAGCUUAUGUACUCAGAGUAGCAUGUUUGUCUCCAAGAGACAUUUCAUUUUGAAGACAUGUGGUACCACCCUCUUACUGAAAGCACUGGUUCCCCUGUUGAAGCUUGCUAGGGAUUACAGUGGGUUUGACUCGAUUCAAAGCUUCGUUUAUUCUCAUAAGUAUUUCGUGAAGCCUUCUCACCAAGGGUACCCACACCGGAAUUUCCAGGAAGAAAUAGAGUUUCUUAAUGCAAUUUUCCCAAAUGGAGGAGCAGCAUAUUGUAUGGGACGUAUGAAUUCUGACUGUUGGUACUUGUAUACUUUGGAUUUCCCAGAGAGUCAAGUAAUCAGUCAGCCAGAUCAGACCCUGGAAAUUCUGAUGAGCGAGCUUGACCCGGGAGUUAUGGACCAGUUCUACAUGAAAGAUGGUGUUACUACAAAGGAUGUCACUCGUGAGAGUGGAAUUCGUGACCUGAUACCAGGUUCUGUCAUUGAUGCCACACUGUUCAAUCCUUGUGGGUAUUCAAUGAAUGGAAUGAAAUCGGAUGGAACUUAUUGGACUAUUCACAUCACUCCAGAACCAGAGUUUUCUUAUGUUAGCUUUGAAACAAACUUAAGUCAGACCUCCUAUGAUGACCUGAUCAGGAAAGUUGUGGAAGUCUUCAAGCCAGGAAAAUUUGUGACCACCUUGUUUGUUAAUCAGAGUUCUAAAUGUCGUACAGUGCUUUCUUCACCGCAGAAGAUUGAAGGUUUUAAAUGUCUUGAUUGCCAGAGUGCUAUGUUCAGUGAUUACAAUUUUGUUUUUACCAGUUUUGCCAAGAAGCAGCAGCAACAGCAGAGUUGAUUAAGAAAAAUGAAGAAAAAACACAAAAAGAGAACACACAUAGAAGAUGGUGGCUGCUUUCUAGAUGUUGAUACCAGGGGCUAUGCUUUCCAUAACCACCACCUUGUAGUUUCAGAAAGCCCUAGAUGUAAUGAUAGUGUAAUCAUUUUGAAGUGUAUGCAUUAUUAUAUCAAGGAGUUAGAUAUCUUGCAUGAAUGCUCUCUUCUGUGUUUAGGUAUUCUAUGCCACUCUUGCUGUGAAAUUGAAGUGCAUGUAGAAAAAUUUUACUGUAUGAAACUUUACAAACACUUGUGAAAAUAAUUCAAUUUGGUUCAUGCACAGUGUAAUAUUUCUGCAGGUAUCGUCCAAGACUCCCCGCAGACAAGGCUUUUGUCUUCAUUGGGUGUUGGCCUCAGCCUAAUAAUCUGGGACUUUUCUGUUAAAUUGCUGCCAGGAUUUUACAUCCAGUUACCUCCACUUUCUAGAACAUAUUCUCUAGUAAUAUUAUUGAAACCAGUUUCUACUUGAUAAAAAUGUUUUUGCAGCAGCGAUUAAAGUUUUUCUUCCAUGAGUCAAAAAAAAAAAAAAGUCUGGACAUAUUGGCACACA